UUAGUUACAGUUAGGACCCUCUCCUGCGUUGAUGCCGCGUUAUUCUAAGCAGUGUCGCUUUCCAACGCCUCUUUCUUCCAAUCUCCGAGACAUAAGCAACGCCCUCUCUCUCUCUCUCUCUCUAACAAAACCCUAAUUCAUAUGCUAAUGUCUCCGUUUGGACCCUCUGAUUUUGUCCAAAAUGCAAACUCCAGAGCUGAAAAACAGACAAAAUUGGAAUUUUGAGAAAACAAACAGUUGUUUGAACAGUUGAAUGUGACUAUAUGAAUAAUGAAGCACUGUGAGAUUCUGGGCAGCUGUGAAUUUCUUAUAAUGACAAUUGGCUAAAAACGCAAAAGGACCGCGAUUCUUUGUGAUUAAGUUGCUAGAGUUGUAAGGGAUAUGUGUUGUCAAGGAUCAUUGAUAGGACAGCAGUAGUCUGUAGGAAAAUUUCAUGUACUCGAACCAUUGUAAAAUGUUGUUCAUUGUCCAAAAUUUUGGCUACUGUUGAUGAAUUUUGAGGUUUUAUUGGAGGACAUAGGCAUUUGAAGAUUAAGAAUUUUGGUAUUCUUAGCGCAGUUCAAGUUGUUAUUUGAAGAGAUUAAGAAGUUAAGAAGCAAUUGAACAAUAUUCUGUGCCGAGUUUGUACAUCAGUCAAAGUCUUAAUGUGACUUCCUUGUUAAAAUUUUGGAGAUGCUGUUGCACUAUUCUAGUGGAACUCUAUUGGCAUUGAGAACCUAGGCUCCAAAGACCAGAGACUGCUCAUGUUCAGCUAAAUUCAUCUUGUAUAUUGUUUGAGACCAUGACAAGUGAAGUUCCUAAUACUUCAGGCCAACAGCAUAACAAUGAUUCAGCCAAUGUUGUCCCAAGUGAUGAGUUCUAUGGAAAUGAACGUGCCCACAAUAUUUCCAUACAGACAGGUGAAGAGUUUUCUGCAGAGUUUCUUCGGGAUCGUGUUACACCAAGAAGAGUACCAACCGUGACUGAUAUGGAUCAGCAACAGCAAAAGAAAGUGGGUUUUAGUGUUGUUCGAAAUCAUCAACUUGUUUAUGAGGAUCUUACUGGUCUUCGUGGGAUAAGAAGAAGGGAUUUUGAUAGUGGAACUGAUUUCACAGAUUACUCUCCUGGGAAGGGACCAGAACUAGAGAAUAGGUCAUAUUGGGACGUGGUAAAUAGAUACCAGAGAGAAUAUAGUGCAGGUGGUCAUCAACCAGGGAGGGUUUCCAAUGAAAGAAAUUCUGACAGAGCUACUUCUAGUCCAACUUGUCCACCAAUGCAUGCAUCAGACUCCCCUCAUUCCUACCAGCCUUAUAAUCAUGCGCCAGGAGUCUCAGAUGGUUCUUUCACUGGAAAAAUGAAGUUUCUAUGCAGCUUUGGGGGCAAAAUAUUACCGAGGCCAAAUGAUGGGAAGCUUAGAUAUGUGGGUGGGGAGACAAGGAUUAUAUCCAUCAGGAAAAAUUUGACUUAUUCUGAACUUGUGAAGAAGACCUCUGCGAUUUGCAAUCUACCUCAGACAAUCAAAUACCAGCUGCCUGGAGAGGAUCUUGAUGCACUUAUAUCUGUAUCUUCUGAUGAGGAUCUCCAUCAUAUGAUAGACGAAUAUCAUGAUUUGGAACGAGGUUCUCAAAGGCUACGGAUAUUUCUUGUAUCUUGUAGUGAAUCUGAGAGCCCAUCUUCUUAUGAAGCGAAGACCGUACAGCCAAGUGAUGCUGAUUAUCAAUAUGUUGUUGCAGUUAAUGGCAUGCUUGAUCCAAGUCCCCGGAGGAGCUCCAGUAGAGAGAGCCUGGCGAGCCAAGCAAGCCAGUGGGGAAAUGCCUUGGACUAUAGUCCAACUCUUCAAAGAGACUCACCUACUUACUUUCAUCCACUGGAAACUCGGAAUGGGGGCAGUUCCGCGAAUUUGAUGUUGAUGCUGUCAAAUCCCACUGCUCAGUUAUUUAAUACACCCCAGGUCCAGGCUCGUUCGUGCCAUGAUGAUAUAGACCAACUAGCAUAUGUCGACGCCAACAGUUAUUAUUAUAAUCAUCCUCUUGAUGCUGUGCCAGUUAGAAAUUACUACCAUCAGAACAAACAUCUGGUAGCAUCCAACCAGACCCAUGAAGUGCGUUCUGACAAUCGUAGCCUCAGUAAAGAUUUUGUAUCUUCUCCACUGUAUGGUCAUACUGAUGUGUACUUGGAGAGACCAGAGCUUAAUGAGAUCGCACUCCAUUCUGAAAAGUUACCCUCUUCUCAAGAUACAAUUGUUCGGAUGCCUAGAUCUGAUGUUACAGUUGGAUCUCAUUUAAGAAUGUCUAACACCCUUUCUGACUCACAACAGCAUGAAGAGCAGUCCAAUUAUCCUUUAAAAGAAGGGAUGGAACUAUCCCCUCUCUGUUUUGCAGCAGAACAAUCGCCUUCCCUUAUGAUGUCAACUUCCUCAAAAGAGUGGCUACUUCCAAAAAAAGAGAUGACAGAUGAGACACACCAAGUGGCUAUGAAUGAGAAUCAGCCUACUCUCAAGGCACCUGAUCUUAACAUGGAAUAUAUUGAAUGGGGUCAAGAUAUGAUAAAGUGCAUGGAGAAAGAAGAUGCUUGUUUGGGUCAAGAUAGGGCAGACCAUGAAGGAAAUGGCAACAUAGCAUCACAGGGUAACACUAUGGAAUAUAAGAUGAAUUCGCCAAUUGUUAAUUGCUACCCAGACCCAAAACUCGAAGUUCAUAAUGUGCCACGAGAGGCACAAGUUGCUGGAGUCAUACACCAUGCUUUAACUGCUGCUGAUCUUGAAACUACUUCAAAUGUUUUCGUAGAAAAUCCGGGUGAUUACCAGUUAAUUCCAUCUGCACCUGAGUUUCUUGUCAAGAACCAAAAGGCAACCAAGGAUCAACAGCAUUUUGUGACUGGAACAAUAAGCAGUGAUGUGAUUCCGCACAGAUCUCUAAGACUGAAACCUUUUGCAUAUCAGGGUAUAGAGGGAGAAGAACACAUGCUGUCAAGCCUUGUAAAUUCAAUUUCAUUCCCAAGAGAUGAAUCAAGUUCGUCCUUAAACUUGAAUGACUCUAUUGUCACUGAUUUUUGUUUACUGAAUCCAGCCACAGAUGCUGCUUUAAGUAGUGAGGUUUCUCUCCAUGAAGAGGAUAAAAUGAAUGAUUAUGGUAAGAGUGUUGAAAAAGAAGGCCCUGAAGGAAAAGCUUGUGAGGUAUCAAAGUUUGGAGAUGCCAUCUUUUUCCAAUCUCAUCCUUCCAUUAAUCAUAAAGACAGUACUGUGCCAGAAUUGACUGUUAUUGUUGAAGACGUAACUCAUAGGAUGCCUACUGGUGUCCCCUCAGUCUCUACAGUUGUCCCACAUGUUGAAGAUGAGCCCAGUGAUGGAGUUCCAUCCCCUAGAGAAACAGAGACUGAAAGCAUCACCCCAGAAUCAGACUGUGAGGAUGCCAAAGUUGAAGGCAAUGAUAAUGAUGAAUCCAUUAGUGAUGCUGCAAUAAUUGAAAUGGAAGCUGGUAUCUAUGGUUUGCAGAUCAUAAAAAAUGCUGAUAUUGAAGAGCUACAAGAGUUGGGAUCUGGUACGUUUGGAACUGUGUAUCAUGGGAAGUGGAGAGGGACAGAUGUUGCCAUCAAGAGGAUAAAAAAGAGUUGUUUUGCUGGGAGAUCGUCAGAACAAGAGCGGUUGACCAAAGACUUCUGGAGAGAAGCGCAGAUUCUGUCAAAACUUCACCAUCCAAAUGUGGUUGCACUUUAUGGUGUGGUUCCUGAUGGACCUGGGGGAACAUUUGCUACUGUAACUGAAUUCAUGGUUAAUGGGUCAUUGCGCCAUGUCCUCUUAAAGAAGGAUCGAGCGCUUGAUCGUCGUAAAAAGGUUAUAAUUGCACUGGAUGCUGCUUUUGGCAUGGAGUACUUGCAUUUGAAGAAUAUCGUGCAUUUUGACUUGAAAUGUGAUAACUUGCUAGUCAACAUGGGAGAUCGCCAACGACCCAUUUGCAAGGUUGGUGAUUUUGGAUUGUCAAGAAUUAAACGCAAUACACUUGUUUCGGGUGGAGUUCGGGGAACACUUCCAUGGAUGGCACCAGAGCUGCUGAAUGGAAACAGUAGUCGAGUUUCUGAGAAGGUAAGGACUAAGCUAUUAUUUUAUCUACCAUGCAUUCUGGACUUUCGAGGAACCUGGAAGAUGGAAUGAUGCUGUCUCAGGUACUAAAUAAAGAAGCAUUGGUAUCUUUGUUCUUUUCUCUUUCUUUUAUUCCUCAUGCAUUGUGAUAGGUCGAUGUAUUCUCAUUCGGGAUUGCAAUGUGGGAAAUCUUGACGGGAGAAGAGCCCUACGCAAACAUGCAUUGUGGUGCCAUAAUAGGCGGAAUUGUAAACAACACGCUAAGGCCUCCCAUUCCAGAGCGCUGUGAUUCUGAGUGGAGAAAGUUGAUGGAAGAGUGCUGGUCACCUGAACCAGGAGCCAGACCAUCAUUCACAGAGAUAACAAACAGGCUGCGCGCCAUGUCAAUGGCACUCCAGCCAAAGCGGCACAGACAAGCAAAUAGAUGAGAUUUCUACAUCACCAUGUAAGUAUAACAAUGUUUAUAGAAAAAAAAAACAUAAAAGAAGAGAGAGAGAAAAGAAAAACAGAUCCACUCUUUAUCAGUUGAGUUUGUGAUAUAGCUUCCAUACAAGUAUUUGUUGUAGAGUACUUGAUUU